AUGAUCCUACACCAAAAAUCUCGCUGCCCGGCCCUUCCGUUCUCGAUUUAUGGCCCCAACAUCGAUCUGGGCGCCCUUUUAGUGAGGGGGAGGCAUUCUACCAUCCUCCCGCACCAAAAAUUUCGCUGCCCGGCCCUUUCGUUCUCGACUUAUGGCCCGAACAUCGAUCUGGGUGCCCUUUUAGUGAGAGGGAGGGUAGAUGAGGGUGUAACUUUUUUUCGUCCAACUCUCUUGACUAACCCUUCUGGUAUCCUACUCUACAGCAUUCUACCAUCCUCCCGCACCAAAAAUCUCGCUGCCCGGCCCUUUCGUUCUCGACUUAUGGCCCGAACAUCGAUCUGGACACCCUUGAGUGACGAGGAGGGAAAGGUGAGGGUCAUUCUACCAUCCUCCCGCACCAAACAUCUCGUUGCCCGGCCCUCCCGUUCUCGACUUAUGGCCCGAACAUCGAUCUGGACACCCUUGAGUGACGAGGAGGGAAAGCAUUCUACCAUCCUCCCGCACCAAAAAUCUCGCUGCCCGACCCUUUCGUUCUCGACUUAUGGCCCGAACAUCGAUCUGGGCGCCCUUUUAGUGAGAGGGAGGGUAGAUGAGGGUGUAACUUUUUUUCGUUCAAACCUCUUGACUAACCCUUCUGGUAUCCUACUCUAUAGCAUUUUGCCAUCCUCCCGCACCAAAAAUCUCGCUGCCCGGACCUCCCGUUCUCGACUUAUGGCCCGAACAUCAGGGUUAGUUGGGCAUAGGGACGAGGAGGAAAGGGGUUCUACAAUCCUCCCGCACCAAAAAUCUCGCCGCCCGCACCUCUCGUUCUCGACUUAUGGCCCGAACAUCGAUCUGAGUCCCUUAGUUUAG